AGCAUAUCCUCAGGUCACAGAGAGUAACCUCCCUGUUAUGCUUCUGUCGGUUGGAAAUUGCUAUCACAUUUAACAAUGUCAUUGCCGAUUCGAGCCUUUAUUAGAAGUUUUUCCAGUGGUAGCAUUCAGCGAAGUGCGAUUAAAAAUGUGACGAUUAUUGGCGGUGGUCUUAUGGGCGCAGGUAUUGCUCAGGUUGCUGCAUCCACUGGACAUAAUGUUGUAUUAGUUGACCAGACUAAAGACAUUCUCAAAAAAUCCCAUUCCAGCAUCGAGAAAAGCCUGCAGAGAGUUGUGAAAAAACAAUAUGCAGAAGACCCAAAGGCUGGUGAGGCAUUCAUGGCUAAAGUCCUAAGCCAGCUUUGUACUGAAACAGAUCCUGCAGCUGCAGUGAAGAGUUCAGAUCUUGUCAUUGAGGCGAUAGUGGAGAAUCUGGAAGUAAAGAAGAAGUUGUUUGCAUCACUCGAUAAAGCUGCGCCCAAGCAUACCAUAUUUGCCAGCAACACUUCGUCUAUUCCCAUUAAGGAGAUUGCUGUUGCCACUAAGAGGAUGGACAAGUUUGGUGGCCUGCACUACUUCAACCCUGUGCCUGUCAUGAAACUACUCGAAGUGAUUAGAAUCCCAGAAACCAGCGACGACACUUUCAACAAGCUUCUGGCAUUUGGCAAGGCUAUGGGCAAAGUAACGGUCAACUGCAAGGACACGCCGGGGUUCAUUGUGAAUCGUCUGCUAGUUCCCUACAUGAUGGAGGCAGUCAGAAUGGUGGAGAGAGGGGAGGCAACUCCACAAGACGUGGACACUGCCAUGAAGCUUGGUGCAGGCUACCCCAUGGGCCCGUUUGAACUGACAGACUAUGUCGGCUUGGACACCUGCAAGUUUAUCAUUGAUGGGUGGCACGCCAAGUACCCCAACAACCCCCUGUUUGAUCCCAGCCCACUGCUGAACAAGUAUGUGGCAGAGGGGAAACUUGGCAACAAAGUUGGCGAGGGAUUCUACAAGGCAAAGAAAUAGCUGGCCAAGCUAGCUCCAGGGACAGUGGCUCUAUGACAGUUGAUUGGCGCGCUGAUUUGCAUUACUAUUAAAAUUGCCAGUUCAUAGGACAGUCGUUGUGCUAGAUACAUUUCACAAAAAUUGCAUAAAUGUCUAACUGACAAUUUGUCAUAGAGUUAACACUUAAAACACUUAAAGUAAGUUUGUUUUUGUCUUAAAGAAAUUGUACUUAAAUAUUGUUCAUUUGCACAUUAUGCAAGUGGAGUAUGCCUUAGAAUACAUGGAUUUUAUUUGUCAUGUUGUUGAUUUAAAAUAAACCCUGUUAUAAUUGAA